AUGGCAGGAAUGCCUGAUACCGCAAAGUCCCUCCAGGCGCACCUCGAAGGCUUCACAAAUGCUACAGACCUAGAUGUCAAGCUUGUUGACACCUUCCGAUUACAGCUAAACGAGGAAAGUCGCAAAGCUGCUCUUCCCAUCUUCCUCCCUCUUCUCACAAAGACCUUGCCGCUCACCAGCAGCCCUCAGCCGCUGUGCGCCCUUCUCAUAUCCCUCCUGGAGCCUAUCCGCUUCAGUGAGCUACUAACAUUGACAACGCCAGCGGAAAUCCUCCCGACUCUCACCUUCCCAAAUGCUCACAUCCAGCUUAUGGGACUUAAGUUGCUCCAGAAGUCUACUGCUUCGCCGUCUGAGGCUCGUUCUCUUGCUAGUCAUCCUGAGCUCGUCGCUGCAAUUGUUAAUCUCUCUCUUGUUGCUUCGAACACGGAUGUGGCAGACCUCGCUGCUAGGACUUUACUUGAGCUAUUAUCCAUCGACAAAGUUGGCCCUGGUGGCGUCGGUGAAGGCUUAAUCUGGCGACGCGUCUUCGGCGACAAGGACAUUUACCAAUCCUUCUUCGAUAACUGCUCAUGGAGGAAUAAGUCUGCCUCUAUGUCACGAGCUGAGAAAACGCUGGCGCAAGCUCGUUUAUUGUCAAUGAUACCAAAGAUGGCUGGUAUGAAUUGGGACGUCGUUUCCCGCUCACAUUUCCCACAGGUGGAAGCUAGAUUCGAAGGUGAAGGCACGCUAGACGGUUUACUCGGGUUUGCAACGGCAAUGGUAGAGAUGGAGUUUGAUGUGUUAAUGUAUAUGACCGUUAUCGAAUUUUACUCCGAAUUCCUCCUUGUCGGACCAACAUUGGAGCGAGGGACAUCUGCUGGAGAGAAAAUCUACUCCACAUCAAAAGGUUUAGAAUACCUCAUAGCCAACAACCGACAUCAAAGCACGAUCGCGCUCUACACCACACCACCUGGCGAGCAAUCAGACCAAUUCACAGCAUCAUUCCUAACCUCCAGAUCAGCCAGUUACAUCGCCAACUAUUCGACACACUUUCCAACACAUCUACGAGAAUCAAAAGACCUGUUACCAAAGGUCCUAAAGGCCCUAGCGACAUACAUCCCUGGCCCUUCUGGACAAGGUCCUCAUUCUCGCAGCCUCCAUUUGCUCGCGAGCUUACCACCAACUCAGGUUUUACCGAUUGUGGUGGAGAUCCCAUUGGCGCCUCCGCAUCCAGACUAUCUCAAGACGUUGGCAACGAUUUUGCCAGCGGAUGAGAAGCUUUACAGGGAGUAUCUACGAAAAAAUCCUAGUUUCUACAAGAAGUUGGUCGAGUACGCCAGCGUCAUUGCUUUGAAGGAGAAUGCACAAGCAAGUUUGAGGAUGAUGAAGGGAUUGGCUGGAACAGAAUUCGGGUUGAGGGAGAUUGUUGGAAAUACAAGCGUGAUGGAAUUCUUGGUAACUAUACCACAAAGGGUUAACAUCGCGGCAGGCCGGGGAGGAGAUGAAGGCAGUGCCUUUGGGAUUGCGGUUAGCAGGUGGGAAGUUGUCGAAGUUGUGGCUAAGGGAAUGGCAGGCGGUGGCACAGAUUUCGACAAUGCCCGAAGGGUUUGGGGAAAGGUAAUCAAUGAGAGGGUUCAAGGAGGUGUCUACGGUGCUGGAGCCAGCGGAUUAUUCAGCAAGGCUGGAGGUCAAGUCGCUUGGGAGGGAAUGUAA